UGUGUGCUGGAUGGGCUGGACUCCCUCCAGAUCUCAGAGAAUCAGCUCCAGGGAACACAGAAACCAUUAGCUUCCAGCUCACAUCUUAGCAAGGGUGCAGAGUGUGCCUCCUGGAAGGAAGGGAUCUCUAUCCUCUGGGUUUAUCAUCCCGUGUUUUGCCUUCACAAAGUACGAACAACGCAAUAUUUGUAUGUGACCUGUAAUUUACCCCUGAGCAAAAGAAUCGAAACAAGUUUUGCUGGAAAUUCGCCAAAGUUCUGCUAGACAUGGUAGGUCAUCUACAUUUGCAAGGGAUGGAAGACAGCUUGAAGGAGAAGAAUCGAGAAGGUUUGUUGGACAGUCCAGAUUCUGGUCUCCCACCAAGCCCCAGUCCCCCCUUUUACUCCAUUUCCCCUGGCAUCGCUGAGAUCAGAGCUGACGGCAGUACGACACCAGUAAACCAACCUGAAAAUGUCUACAGGCAGGAAGGAAGAGAGAGCAAAGUGAUUCCAUACCUCCUUCUGAACAGCUGUAUCUCCGAGACAAGACCCAGAAUGCAUCCAGUUGUUUUUGGCGAGAGCAUUGAAGUGAAUCCAAGUCCAGUCCAGGAAAUCAGAUGCAACUCUGAGGUCAAAUAUGACUCUGAAAAGCAUUAUCGAGACCAUAUCUUUUAUGCCCCGAUUCCCACCGCUACGUCUUACAGUGAGACCAUCAUCUCCCCUCCCAACUGCACAUGGAGGAACUACAAAUCCCAGGUUAUUUUUGAACCUCGCAACAAACCCCUGAGAUUCCAGAGUACAACAAUCAUCUUUCCAAAACACGCCAAGAACAUUUACAGAACAACCCUCAACUACAACUGUGGGGCAAGCAGGAAGUGGUUUUCAUCUAGCGUGCAGCUUGAACUGUGCGAAGAAACAAGCCCGUGUAUGAUCUACACAGAUAAUCACUAGUGCCAUUUAUUGUUCAUUGGGAACUGGAGUACUCCAAUGCACUUUGCCACACAACUAUAGUGAGAGAAGGGGCUGCACCUCCAAAAUUCGGCAUGAUCCCUGUAAUAUUAAUGCUUUUAGAAUUUAUGGCUUGCAUAAUGAUCUGGAGCAUACAACUAUAUAAAGAUCUGGAUUUUUGUGCAUCAUUCAAAUGGAUAAUGUUAACUGCUCUGCACAUUGUCGAGCUAACUUUAUUUCAUGUUUUCCCGGGUCUAAUAUUAUAAAGGGUUUUACAAGUGGUCACUGGUAACAAGAGCAGAUUUCCACAUUAAAUAUCACUCGUUUUAAUUUUUUUUAUUAUUGUGAAAUAAAUUGGUCCCCUGUAAAGGACAGUUACAAAUAUUUUUAAAGGACUUUAUAAGGUCAAGGAUAAGACUAGAACCAUCAUGGUGUGUCCUGAAUCUUAAUGUUGCCAGUGCUUCUCUCAUUUUAAUUAAUCAAGAAUGUAGAGAAGUGAUACAGGUCGGGUGGUCAACUCUCCUAUAAAGGAGGAUAUGUACUAAGGUGUGAUUAGUAGGAGAACUUUCAUUCCAGCUGGAGAAAGUGAGUGUGUCGUGAAAGUAUUCCAUCUUGUAACAUCCAGUACUUCUCCAAGGUAGAGAUGUGAUCAGUGCAAUGGGUGGUGCCUUCAUUCUGUUGGCACCAAAGCUGGAGAAAGUGAGUGUGUCGUGAAAGUACUCCAUCUUGUAACAUCCAGUACUUCUCCAAGGUAGAGAUGUGAUCCGUGCAAUGGGUGGUGCCUUCAUUCUGUUGGCACCAAAGCAAUUAAAUUAUAACGAGGUUCUAGCACAGACAGGGAUAUGCACUUAACUGGGAAUUGAUCACAGAAUUCCAGAUUUUAGGCUAAAAAAAUCCCCAACAAAUUACUGACACUUCCCAUUUUAGUGUAUAAACCUGAGAGGUUCUGUGAAUGCAGUUAAUAUAUAGCAGAAGACACUGUUAGAUGUCCUAUUCCUCCACUGGUGGUAGAAUUAUUUAUCUUUUUAGAUGUGUAAUCUUAAAUGUGUGGAAUUAGUCGUCUGUAUUUGAAAGGAAACCAAAUUACUUUUUGAUGGCUGGAUUUUAGAAGACAUAUUUUAGGUUGUAUGAACUGCCAUGAACCAGGGUGAAUGGAAAAACAAACCAAAACAUUUUAGCACUUACCUCUGCCUCUUUACCUCCUUCUAUGUUAGGGAAUAGAUGGGUUUAACUAUGCAGCAAUAGGUAGACCAAUACAGAGGGAAUUAAAUUCCAUUAAUUUGGAAAAUGAUACGUUGCGAUAUAAAUAUGGUAAUUGAUAAGCACGGGACUGCCAGCCACCAAAUAUAGAAAGCACAUAAACUGAUUGACUGGACAUAAAACUGAUCUAAUGCUUUUUCAGACAGGUAAUCAAUUUUAUAGAUUAAUGCUGCGAAUAACACAUAGAUAUUAUCUGAGAAUAUUUACAGAAUCUGAUGUUCUGUAUACAUGAUCUAAAGGCCACUAAACUAUUUAAUUGCAUAUCAUGGUACUGUGUGGGCUUUAUGGGAUAUGUAGUUCAACAUUCAUCAGCAGUUUCAGUGAAGAUGGAUCUAAUAAAUGCUUAAAGGGACUCUCCAGGGAGGUGAUUUUACUCACCUCGUUCCAGCGCCGGGAGCCUCGUGAAUCCGCGCCCCCUAUUUCGUCAAAAUGACGAAAUAGGCGGGCGCGAGCAGGGAGUAAUCAGACGCUUCCAUUUGGAA